GAAUAGCCGUGCUGCUAAAGACGAUACCUUUUAUAACUCUAGGACUAACUUAAUUAACGAUCGAGAUGUAUACAUCGAGGAUAUUGUUGAAGAUCCAGAAAGUAUGGACACAGACAAAGGACAUUUUCAACGGAGCAAAGUGAAUCACAAAGUACAGCAUCAUCGGCGCAGUGACAAUGAAGCGAAACAUGCAGACGACGAUUCAAUGUAUCGACAUGAGAUGGAUCGCGGCAGUGAUAUCGAUUACCACACCGCUCGGAGCAGUUUAAGAAAUAAACGGGAGUUUUUCAUAAGAGAUGGUAAUAUUGAAAUAUUGCAGCUCAUGACUAGAGAUAAAACUCGCGACGCUGCUACGGCAGUAGAUGACGAUAAUAUUUACGUCAAUUUACCUGUAAAAUCAGCAAAUCACUCACAACCCCAUUUGCUAAAUGCAGAUAACAGCGGAAAAGAAAUUCUAAUGCGCCGAUUCAUUGAGGAGCAACCUGAUGGGAAACAAAUCAUACGCGAGCAUUAUCAAAUCGUGCCCGGUGCCACAUAUAUACAAUCAAUGCCCAAUGAAAUUCAACAACACACAACUUUGAAGGGGGACUCCUUUGCUCUCGGUAAAUCAGGUGCAAAUAGUAUAGUUUAUUCACAAACAGAACCCGAAGUCAAAGUAAUACAUACACAGCCUGUUCAUGGAACAAUGGCAUUACAAACUAAUGGUCUUUCGGGUCAAAUGCAACCAUCAACAUCGAAUCAGUCAUUAACACAUGACCUUGAGAAUUCUUUGAAACAUCAAAAUGAGCUACUACGUAAAAUUUUAUUGGAUAAAGAUAAAAUAAAAAACCGAUAUACGCAACAGGAAGUAGUAUUAGAGACUCAGAGUCUUCCGGGGCAAUAUGUAGCAAUUUCAACUCAAACAGAAUGUGAGGUGGGUACGCAGACUGACGCAAAUGCUGAAUUUCUCCAAACAACGUCCGUCAAUACGCAGGGAAUAUCUGUGCGACGCAAAGCUCGAAGUGAAAAUGAUGAUUCAUUGUCAGAAAAUGAACAUGAGUACUUGCGUUUCGCUCCCCCAAAUAGUACCGAAACUAUUUAUUGGUUAAAACGAAAGAAGCAAAAAAACCACAGUAAGUAUCGAAGAGACAAACAUCCUCAUAAACGUGUUGUUAUGUUAGAAGAGGUUAAAAGAAAAAUACGUACUCCCAUUAAAGAAGAUGACGAGUAUAAAAAACGAACCCCACCCAAGAAACCGCUUCGAAAACAUAUUGAAAAGAAUACCAGUUUUCUAAGACGUAAAAAAACUUCGAAAAUAGAACAUGAAGAUGGUGCCAUAUGGCAAACUCAAUCCGAAGCGGACCACGAAGUGUUAAUAGAAAUAUCAGAUUCCUUAGGUGAAAAAUCAGGAAGCUCAGACCAUUUUGGAGCAAUAAGAGUUGGCGAAAUAGAGUGUUACUCUCAAAAUGGCGUUGGAACUUCAUAUGCUAAUAAUGUGUCUAGCGAUGAUAUUGACGAUGAAACCAAUAAUUCAAAUGAAUCUGAUGCGGAUGAAAUUAUAAUAAAAAGAAACGUAUUUACCUCUAACCAUUUUAUGCCGAAAAAUGAUAGUACAGAAACUAAUCCAAAAAAAAGUUACAAAAUAUGCCUAAACAAAGAAAUAGAUGCCCGAGAAAAAGUUAAUGCAAAUCUUUCAAGAUCUGCUUCAGAUGAAAGAGAAAGAAUCCUGGGAGCUAGGCUUCCAAUAACUAUAAACUCGCCUUCACAGCGACUGAAUCGCUGUCAAAGCUCUUCUGGUCCUCCAUACAGCCGCUCUGAUAUUGAAAAACACAAAUCUUCCUCUUUAAACGUCAUAAGUAACAGGCACAAAAAAAUACCAAGACCAAACCAAUCAGCCAAUGGUCGUGUGUACCAAAGUGCAAACGAUUUAAAUUAUCAAGACAAUCAUUUCCAUGAGAGUACUGAAAAAGGCGUGCCAAAAUACAUGGAAUGGUAUUAUAGCAAGCGAAAAAUUGCAGGUAAUAGAGGUGCAACAGAACCUUUGAAGGCCGCAGCAAGAAAAAGAAACAAUGUAUCAGAAAAACGUGUACUAAAAACACACUUGCGCUCAAAAGCCGAAGUGUCUAAUUAUGAAGAAGGAAAAUUCAAACCAGAACCUGCACCUAGAAAAUCCCCUUCGAAGAAUACUAGGCUUCUCAAAGAAGAUAUUGCAAUGAAUAAGCAACAUAAACCCAAAAUUGAGACUGAUACUAGCCAUCCAUUAUUGCAACAUUCAGAACAUAGAUUUGAACGCGAAAAUGCACCUGGGGUACCGUUACCACCGUCAAAACUGCCUCAUUACAUGUAUCCGGAAACUCCACCUUUUACUGCGUUUAAGGAGACACCAGAAAACAAUAUGAAAACAAAGUUCAAGACAUCGCCCAUAAGAGAAAAUGAAGUGAAAGUGGGCUUGAAAGUGAGACCAAAUGUGGAAAAUUCAAGUUCUGCGCAUGUUAAUACUAAUAGUCAGAAGCAACUUAAUGCGUCUACCCUAGAGGAUGAUCAUGACUCUGGUAUAGCCAUGAAUUCUUUACUGAAUAGUAUGGGUCGUCGGAACCCAAUUGCGGAUAAGAAAAGUGUUUUUUCUAUUGCAUAUGAUGAUGUUAGUCGAGUGAGGAAAAUUACAUCGGGAGGAGAAUCGCCACAAUACUCAUAGAAUCAGAGGUGCCUUAUUUUCUCGAAAUAAAAAACAAGUACAUACAUACUUGCAAAGUACUAAAAUAGAAAUAAUGUAAUUACCAUAUGUGAUACUUUUUAAGGUUCCAUUUUAUAUUUGUAAACUAAUAUACAUAUGUAAUGUACGUUAUGUUAUAAUUUAUAUACAAUUUGUUAUUGAACUUGACCUCUGUGUAUAUACAUACAUACUUAUUAACAUACAUUAUAACGAAGGAACAUGUUUUAGAGUUUGCAAUUUAAUUUAAUCUUUAAGGCUUGUUUUCGCCAUACCGAAUUCAAUGACAUUUGUCGUCAAAUAAUUGAAAAUAUAUUGGCGCAUAUUAAUAGUCAAAAUAAAGUCGACUCUGAAGUUAUUAGCAGAGUUUUGACAUUUUUUUUUAAUAGAAUAUCUGUCAAAAAGCUGAAACUAACUUUAGGUUUAUUUCGACUAUCUAUUGUCAAAUGGGACCAAAAAAGGGUCCGUCGAUUGACUAAGAUCGGAGUUGGUCUUCAGUGUGUAAAUUCGUUGCUAAACAGGCUAUCUAUCUGGUUUGGGCCCAUAAUAUCAUCGGUUAAAAUAUGCAUAAAGGAGACAAGUUAUGUCAAAAUAUGUCGUCAAAUUUUGUCGUCAAAAUAUGGCAUAGCGAAAACCAGCCUUUAAUUAUUCAGGUGCAAUGUUGAGCAACAGUUAUGAAUGAGUACUUUUUUAAAUAAGGCAAUACAAUUUAGUAAGUUAACGCUUAAUAGCUGCAUAUAUAAAUACAUACAUUUAUCAUUUACAUAUGAGUAAAAAUUUGUGAAGUGGGCCACCAUUUUUGCGAAGGUCGAGCAUUUUUGUGCAAUCAUAAGUUUAUGCUUGACAACGAUAAAAGAAAAAUACAAUUGCACAAUAUUUCGAAACUAGAAUUAUUCUGGAAGUUAUAGCUAUUAAACUUUUUUCGAAAUUGUUCAGAUUUUAUUUGUUCUCUCGCGAUUGGUAAUAUCGAUUCUGCUCAGUUUUUAAACAGUUAAGAAUGAUGAUGUUUUCUUCCCAUUUUUAUUUUUUAUUUGGUCAUAAUUUUUUUUAUAAAA